AGAUCUUACGGCAAGCAAGCAUCACCGCCGUCAUAUUCGAGCAGGUAGUCGCCCCUCCCCUCCUCUCCUAUCCGUUGCUUUUCUACCGCAGCCAUCCCAUCCCUUCCCUCGCAGCAAGACUGGGCCUAUCAAACCGAGUCCCACAUUGGCCCAAUGUCACAUCAGUUAGUAGGAGGGUAUAAGGAGGAGCCGGCCACUGAACCGGAUACCCACCCAGGUCACCCUCAGCAGCACCCACCGCCACCGUCAUCUGCGUCAACCCAGCAUCCCCAACAACAACAGCAGCAGCAGCAGAGCCAGCAUCCCCGACCUAGCCUACCUCAUCAACACUCAGGGCAACCCACUCCUUCGUCAACUACCUUCCCGUCACCACAUCCUCCUCCACAUCAAUCAUCUUUUGCUCAGUCACCUAGUCUGCCCGGAUCUCAGCAUUCUCAUCCGCAAGACAUCGCCUAUUAUACCCAUCCCUCCUCCCCCUACGGCACCCCAGGCGGUAGUGGCCCUUCUUACCCAUCUCAAGAGGGAACAGAUCUUAUGGCAACGCACACAAUGAAUCGUCCGCAAUACCCCCCUAUUUACCAUACUCCUCAGUCCAAUUCACCCUCAUCUGUCGCGUCUCCCACCGCCCCAGAUCACCGGUCUGUUUACACUACACAGCCCAUGCAAACCCCGAUGUACGGCUAUCCGCAACAGUACCCCCCGAUUCCAGCAGGUCCUUCCUCGUACUCAAACCAAACUCAACAUCAUAAUUUGAACAAUGGGCCACUCCUCAUGUCACAGACUUCAGGGCAAACCAUGACUCCACCGCAGCCUCACCACCAGCAUGUGGCUCCAAACACUUCAUCGACUGCAAAGAUUGCCCAAACACCACUUCAUAGAGCUUCGCCUUCCACCCCCUCUUCGGGUGCAAAGCCCGGGCCAGGAAAUACUUCUAUCAACCCCAAUGCCGCCCCCGGACCAAUUCCGGCUACUACUCCGCUGGUUGUGAGACAGGACAAUAAUGGUGUACAGUGGAUAGCUUUUGAGUACUCCCGAGAUAGAGUUAAGAUGGAGUAUACCAUCCGUUGCGACGUGGAGUCCGUCACCGUUGACAACCUUUCUCACGAUUUUAAAACAGAAAAUUGCGUGUAUCCUCGUGCUUGCUGCUCUAAAGAGCAAUAUCGUGGUAACCGACUAGUAUACGAAACCGAGUGUAAUACCGUGGGCUGGGCUUUGGCAGAAUUGAAUCCAUGCUUACGGGGGAAGAGGGGAUUGAUUCAACGGGCUGUAGACAGCUGGAGAAACUCUAACCAAGAUCCCAGACUGCGAAGCAGGAGGGUUCGAAGGAUGGCAAAGAUUAACAAUCGCAAGGCAAAUGCACAGGCUGCACAAACUCACCUUGGUGCAGGUUCUCCUCAUGGUGUGCCCUCGGCGGGUGUGGGAUUAGGGUUGAAAGGUCCAGGGCUUGUUCCUGGCUCGCAGCCACAACUUCAUCAUCACCAUCAUCCUGGCACGAAUGAUUCGCCAUCCACCUCCGGGCACCUUUCGCCGGCUGUAGGUGGGGAAGAAUUUAGCAACGGGCAUGCUAACCACCACCACCACCAUCAGGCACCAACUAGUGGAAGUGAGAUAAGACCGAGACAUGUAUUUCACGGAUACCCCACUGCAUAUCCGGCAGAAAAUGUUGGAGUAACCGCAUCUACUCCCCCGAACAACACCAACACCUCACUGUUCGGUGACAUUCCGGAUCACAAACGCCGAAAGUUCAUACUCGUCGAUGACCCCCAUCGUGGCUCACGCGUUCGCGUUCGCGUGAUGCUUGACCAGGUUCACAUGCAAGAGAUCCCUGAUUCCUACCGCAAGUCCAACUCUGUGUACCCACGCUCUUACAUGGCGUCUCAGAUGGAAGACGAUUCACAGACGGAGGUGCAAACACAAGUAGUUGUUCCCAUGCUUGAUGGAACCAGCAUGACUAUUGCUCCCCCCCCACCAUCUGGACCCAAGCGCAAGAAGGAAAUGGACUUGAAUGAACUUGGCUACAGGAUGUCAUGGAGUCAAUCCAGGGUCUUUGCGGGGAGGACAAUGUUCUUGCAGCGAGCUCUGGACGCGUAUCGCAACAAGAUGAGGAGUAGUAUGAUGGCAGCAGGCACAGAUGUCACCUCAACAGCGCCGCACCUUGAAACUAGAGCUGGGAAGCGCAGGUGGUUGGAGAGGAACCGUCGUUCGAAACCCUCCGGAUCCUCAUCCUAAACUCGAAAAAUUACAACCCCCGAUUAUAAAAAAAACGCGGCAAUUGAUAUUAGAUUUCUGUUCUGUCUGGAAGUGUAUAAGGAAUAUGGAGCAAAAAGGAAAUAGGGUGGCACGCAUUGUUUUGUUUGGGAUAAAUCGGAACUUUUUUUCGUUUCAAAAAAAUCAAAAAAAGGAGGAUGGAAUUUUUCUUUACAGCGACAGGUUGAAACGUAUGGGGGCGGUGGGCUUUUUGUCGUUUUUGUUGCUUUUUUUUUUCCCGUCUCUUUUGCGUUAGAGGAUCACGCUGAGCGUUUCCCCCUCGCCCUCUCGAGAUGACAUGCUAUCUUGAGGCGUAUUACUAUGGUUUUUUUUUGCCUCCCUACCCCUCUACUGACUUGUUGCCUUGCAUUAAUGACCCCUAACGACUGUUACGACUGCUAUGACUAUACCAAACUCCUCAUAGUCUCUGUUUCUCGAUAUCUCCUCCCCUCGACCUCUUCCUUCUCCUCUUACCUUUUUUCCCGAGUCAAAUCCGGGUACCCUAGCCGUGCUUACUUACCCACCUCCGUCUCGCUUUGUUUUUGUUUUUGUUGUUGCUUUUUCUGCCUUUUCUCUUACCAUGUAUCUCUUCCCCAAUUUUCUUGUAUCUCAUUUGUUGGCGGGUAUCUGUUUGCAGGGUACAUUGUACGUAUUCCUCAGCCAUUUUUUUUUCUUCUAUAUCUUGCCCUGUGCUUUUUUUCAUUUUUAUUUUUCGUCUCACUUUAUUUCAUUCGUACUAUAUCCUUUUGUGUUUCCCAGGUGUAGGUAGCUAGGUAGCUGAGGUAACUAACUUUGCUAGAAUUGCCUCAAAUCAAAUUAACUUAACCAA